UUUUUUACAAAAGUUGAUAAAUAUUUUUAAUUCAAAACAAAAAUUGAAUUUGAAAAUGACGACUGCUUUUUAUUUAGAACAUUACUUGGAUAGUUUAGAGCAUCUUCCUACUGAAUUAAGAAGGAAUUUUAAUUUAAUGAGAGAUCUUGAUGCUAGAGCUCAAGUUUUAAUGAAAGAUAUUGAUAAAUUAGCUGAUGAUUAUUUAAAAAAUAUGAAAAAAGAGUCGUCAGAUAAGAAAAAUGAACAAUUAACUCGUAUACAAAAUUUAUUUAAUAAAGCAAAAGAAUAUGGUGAUGAUAAAGUACAAUUAGCAAUACAAACUUAUGAACUUGUUGAUAAACAUAUACGACGAUUAGAUUCUGACCUAAUGAGAUUUGAAGCAGAAAUCCAAGAUAAAGCAUUGAGUAGUAAUAGGACACAAGAAGAAAGUGUAUCCAGUAAAAAAGGAAGAAAAAAACUUAAAGAAAAAGAAAAACGUAAAAAAGGUACUGCAAGUAGUGAAGAUGAAACAAAAAGCACUAGAAAGAAACAAAAAAAAGGUGGCUCUGUAACAUCAACAGUUGUAGCUGGUACAACUAGUAGUGGAUCUCAGGGAGAUUCAAGCACACUCAGUCAUCCAGCUGAUGUUUUAGAUAUGCCUGUAGAUCCGAAUGAACCUACUUACUGUGUAUGCAAUCAAGUAUCAUAUGGAGAAAUGAUUGGUUGUGACAACCCUGAUUGUGGUAUCGAAUGGUUUCAUUUUGCAUGUGUUGGGCUUACAACAAAACCAAAAGGGAAAUGGUUUUGUCCAAAAUGUACUCAAGAUCGAAAAAAAAAGUAAAAUAAAACAAUGUGGUAAUUUAUAACAAAAAUUUUACUUGA